CUUUGUUGCAGUUGGAGUCUGGCAUUGGCAAUUUCCCUAUAUAAACGGUGAAAACCGUCGCAAGCCGUUUCUCCGGACCCGCCGUUGGCAUAAACAACGUUAUCAAGAUGAGCAUGCGCACACGUGCGUUGGUCUUCUCCACCUUCUUCGGCAGCUGCCUAGCCAUCGGGCUGCUGCUGGUCAGUCUAACCACCAACCACUGGGUUCGUGCCAAUCCACGGCGAAAUUCCUCCUCGGAGGCGGUGGGAGAGGUGAACUUUGGCCUGUUCUACGGUAGCCAGCAGUUAAAUCCCGGCUUUGGUGUGCGUACCAAUCCGGUUGAUGUAUACACAUUCGUUCGCACGGAAAACACUGAGACUAGCUUUUGGCUAUGGCUUCUCACCACUCUUGGCACCGGAUUUGGUCUUCUGGCCUGCGCUGUUGCUGCCAUUGCUGCCGUUCUGAAAUCCGCCUCGGGAGCCAAAAAAGGCGGCACUAUGGUGCUGCUUUUGGCGGCCAACAUAUCCGCAGCGGGAGCCCAGAUUGUGGCGUUUGUGUCCUGGCUGGUACAGUUUUUCCAAUACUUCACCCAUAACGUACUUCUGACGGAGCAACAACAACAGCACUGGUACAGCACAGGACUUGCGUAUCUGGGCUACAGUUUCUACUUGGUCGUGAUCUCCACUAUUGUGGUACUCCUCAAUAUAACCGUUUUGCUGUAUGCGAAACGUCGGGAGGUCCGAGAUCGCCUCCGCCUUGAACCGCCUAGUGAGGACAAGAAUCAAACUGCCAUAAUGCUCUACUAGGAUAGGCAAAACAUUCUCAAAUAACCUCAACGGGCCUACUCUGACAUGGAAGAGAGUAGCAACACUUAGUAAUCUCAGCGGCUCAAAUAUUUGUGCCUUAAGGAUGCCUAUUGCUUGCCAAGAGAAAUGGCUCAUUUAUAUACACUCACUUACCAAUAUACAUAUACUUAGAUGUACCCAAAGCAGAAGUAUUUAGGCGUUUCACCGGCCUCCUGUGAAACAAAGCGCACGAUCAAUAUUUAUAUAUACACCUUAUGUCUACUUACGUUUUGUAUACUCGAAUGACCUUUAUGUACUCUGAUUUCUUUACUCUAUGUAUUUUUAUAUGUGCUUAUUUACGAAUACAACAACAGUCAUUAUUAAGAAACAG